CUUCAGGGAAGUCAUUUGAUACUGUCAAAACAUUCGACAAUAUUUGCGUGCUAAAGAAGAUUAGCUAUUGUUUCGUGUUAAAGUUACAACACAUUUAUUACUGUUAUCCAAAAGAGUUAGAUUCUAGUUGUUCGGACGGUCACGAGUGAUUAGUGGAUUCUGUAAUCGAGAAUGGCUGCUGAAAUUAAGCCAGCGCCACGCAGUGCAAAUGAUCGGUUCUGUACCACCAAAAAGCCGGAGCUGCUGAACAAAUUAGAAGGCUGCAAUGAUGACGUGAACGCAGCGCUGCUAAUUCCAGGAGAAGAAGGUGUUAUCAGUGUUUGCGAUGACAAGACCAUUCGAGUGUGGUUGAAGCGUGAUUCCGGCCAAUAUUGGCCAUCGAUUUGUCAGUACAUGCCGUCUGGAUGUACAUCGCUCUGUUACACGCCAGAAACGAGAACUCUGUUCAUUGGCCAGGAAAAUGGUACCAUUUCGCAAUUUAUUUUGUCCGACGAUUGCAACCGGUUGACACCGAUCAGGGAGUAUCUUGCCCACCAGGCCCGUAUUACUAACGUUAUCUUCGCAAAGCACACUGGUUGGAUUUUGUCCGCUGGGCGUGACAAGUUUUUCGCUUUUCACAGCACAGAAACCGGAGAGCGUUUGGGGUGCUUCACCUUUGAAGCCAUGUGCACUGCAAUGCAAUAUGAUUGUCUUUCUAAGUAUGUUUUCGUUGGUGACUAUAGCGGUCAAAUUACGAUGCUUAAACUUAGCAACACGGGAGCUACUGUGGUAACCACGAUGAAGGGUCAUGCUGGUUCCGUGCGUGCUUUGUAUUGGGCCGAAGGACCCCAGUUGUUAUUCAGCGGUUCAUAUGAUCAGGCCGUCAUAGUGUGGGAUGUCGGUGGUAAACGUGGAACAACCUACGAAUUGCAUGGUCACAACAAUAAGGUGUCAGCUCUAACUUACGCCAGCAACACGCAGCAGCUAAUCUCGGCCGGAGAGGAUUCGGUGAUAGUAUUUUGGGAAAUGAAUGCCAUGCGUAAGGUUGCCCCGGAAUGGGUCGAAUCGGACACCUGUCAGUUGUGUACGCGUGCGUUCUUCUGGAACCUGAGAGCGAUGAUCGAUCAGAAGCAGAUUGGUAUGCGGCAGCAUCACUGCCGCUACUGUGGAAAGGCGAUAUGCGAUAAAUGCUCGACCAAUCGUAUCAACAUACCCAUCAUGGGUUUUGAAUUCGACGUUCGUGUGUGCGAAGGAUGCUUCCAGCGACUGAAGAGCGAAGAGAGACCCUCACUCGCGACGUUCCAUGAUGCCAAACACAGCAUCGUGGCAAUGGACCUGGACGAACCGAAGAAAAGACUGCUCACUGUUGGUCAGGAUCGCAUAAUUAAAAUCUGGGAUUUGUCCUCCAUUUGGCCCUAAGGAAUGUUGCUUCUCCGCUUUCCAGCUUACAACCGGUAAGAGUACUGUUUAGGGUAUUUUUUCCGAUUUAUGAUACAAUAAGUUUGGCAUUUGGCCCACUAAAUUUCUAAAGUGGAACAUAAAAAUUCACUGUACUAUUUGCACUCUCAUGUAGACAUCCUUAUUAGGGCGUAAAUGCAUUACUUUUUCCCCAUAAAUAUCUAUGAACGCCUAGUACAAGGAACUCGUUUGACGAAUGAACUUUCUAGUGUAAUAAAAUAAGAAAAGUAACUGACUUUUUAUAAAUAUGUGGAUAGCGAGGAUACGCCGAAAAAGAUUGUAAAACCAACGUUGAUUUGAGCAGUGCUAUAAGUAACGUAUUGUUGUAAACAAAUUAUUACAUGUAGUUAUUAUAAUUGAAUUCGAUUCGUAAAGAAGAUAAAAUUGUCGGGAAAUUUCAGUAAAUAUACCAACGUAUGCGAAGGGAUUCCCGUUAAAUGUAACCUAACUGUAAACUUCAACAAUAAAAUAUAACAAUAGUGGAAAAUAUCAAGGCUUCGUAACUAGCUUUUGAAAAAUCUAUUAUAUUCGUAAUAUUACAUCAGAGCGCAAUGGAGUUUGUUUUAUUUUCAAAUUGUAUUUAAUGUUAUUUUUUGCAAAUAUACUU